CCAUCUACAAAUUUUCUCUGGUUUUCUUGACAAAGAAUAGGAUAGAGAAAGAGAGACUCUUCUUAUUCUUAUUAUGAUCUAUCUCUCUCUUCUUUAGUUUUCCAGGAAAAUCUCUUUCCCCUGGCAGUUAUAUAGAUCUGUGUUCAUACCUACCUCUUACUCAACAACUCAUUACACACACUGUCCCAAAACACAGUUGCUAUCUCUUUUCAGAUUUCAUUGUUCAUAUAGAAGAACCUUUAAAACAUGUCUUUUUAGUACAUUCUUUGGUUCAAGUACUCAGAUCAAAAGUAAUCAUUUUUUAUUUAUCUAUCUCCAUUUCUGUGUUUCCACAAACAUUCCCUUACAAAAAGUUUCACUCUCUCUCUCUCUCUCUCUCUCUCUCUCUCUCUCUCUCUCUCUCUCUCUCUCUCUCUCUCUCUCUCUCUCUCUCUCUCCUAAAGACAUGAACUGUCUGUUUUUGUGCAAAUCAAAGAAACCCAAACCCAGAGACCAACAAAAAGACAAAAGAAAAGGAAAAGAAAUAGCGCAAAACUCAGCUCCUGAACUGAGGAACCAGAGCGAGACGUCGUCGUUUAAUCUCCAGACGCCGAGAUCUCUGCCUUCUCCUCGAAGUAUCAGAGACUUGUACACAGAGAGAGAAAAGAAUCUUAGGGUUUUCACUUACCAAGAACUCAGUGAAGCCACUUACGGGUUUAACAGAAAGCUUAAGAUCGGCGAAGGUGGAUUCGGUAGUGUUUAUAAAGGAAAGAUUCCGACCACAAAAGACUCUGAUUCUUCUUCUCCACUUGUCGUGGCCAUCAAGAAACUCAAUCGUCAAGGAUUACAGGGUCACAAGCAAUGGCUAGCAGAGGUUCAGUUUCUAGGAAUAGUGAAUCAUCAGAACGUUGUGAAGCUCUUAGGUUAUUGCUCAGAAGACGGAGAGACUGGGAUCGAGAGGCUUUUGGUUUACGAGUUCAUGUCGAAUCGAAGCUUAGAGGAUCAUCUCUUCACUCGUGGAUCACGUGUAUUACCGUGGAAACAAAGGCUUGAGAUCAUGCUUGGUGCAGCCGAAGGAUUGGCUUAUUUACAUGAAGUUAAGGUGAUAUACAGAGACUUCAAAACCUCUAAUGUGCUCUUAAAUGAUGAAUUUUGUCCGAAAUUAUCGGACUUUGGGCUUGCAAGAGAAGGACCUCAAGGAGACAAUACUCACGUCACAACUGCAAGAGUUGGAACACAAGGCUAUGCAGCUCCUGAAUACGUGCAAACCGGCCAUCUACGGUUAAAGAGCGAUGUAUAUAGCUUUGGUGUUGUGCUCUACGAGAUCAUAACCGGACGCCGAACCACUGAGAGGAACAAGCCAGCAGCUGAAAGAAAGCUACUAGAUUGGGUGAAAGAAUAUCCUGCUGACAGUCAACGCUUCAGCAUGAUCGUUGACCCUCGGCUACGCAACAAUUAUCCAACUGCUGGAGCUAGGAGUUUGGCUAAACUUGCUGAUCUUUGUUUGAAAAAGAACGAUAAAGAUCGACCCGCGAUGGAGACUGUAGUGGAAAGAUUGAAGAAGAUUAUCGAAGAAUCCGAUGGUGGAGAGUGUUCAGUGGCUGCGAGUAAGGAAAGUACAGGUCAGGUAAGAAGCAAGAGUCGAGCCGGUGGACCUGUGAAGGGGAGUUUGAGAGGAGGAGUUAGUGUUAGAGGAUGAGUUUUGAGUUCAGAAGACUUUUUGUGCAGGUAUAGUAAAUAGAGAAUAAGUAAGUGUUGUGGUUUAUGCUUUAAUGUGGGAUGAGUAGAAGAAAAAAAAUCAGUAAGCUUAUUUUGUGUUUACAAAUGAGAUUUAAUACAGUGAAUGGCAGAGAAGAGUAUGUAUGUUUUUGCUGUUAACGUUGUAUGCGAUUGCGAUAGACAUGACAAUUCGAUAGUCAACGUUUUGAGCUUCGA